AUGUCACCGAACUCGAACGGCUACGACGUGACGGCUGUUCCAUCAUCGGAUGAAAAUGCUACGGCUGAGGAUGCGGCGCCACAAGUUGCAGAACAACCCGCAAACGUGAAUGCCGCCGUAAAUACCCCAGUUGUGGUUGAUUCAAACGAUGAUGGUACAGUCGCCCAGGAGCUGGAAUUAGAGCACAUGAGGAGUACAUUGGAAGAGGCGAUUGUGGAAACGCGAAGUACGCCUCUCGAAAAUCGACCGCGACUUCCCCGCAUAGCCCUAAGCAAGCGGAAUUGGGCUUUCGUGAGGGCUCUGAACCCAAUGCUGGUGACCUAUUUGGAAGCCAGCCGGGACCUUUGCGAGACGGACUCAAUUCUUUUUGGCGCCGCACUGGCAGUGUGCCGUAUUAUAGGCGCCAAACUUUCCACGGCUGGACGCGCUACUGGACAAAGUAGCGCUAUCCCAGCCUGGAGAAUAAGAAUUGAAGAACGUAUCGCAAAGGCUAGGGCCCUCAUCGGCAGACUGAUAUGCUUCAGGUCAGGCAACAACAGGCCAAGGAUUGUGCGCACCGUCAGGAUGGCAUUUGCUGGGACAAAUGUUAGUUUGUCCCAGCCGGAUAUAAUGCAAAAACUGACGGAGCGCAUAGACGACCUGAAGCAGAGAAUCGCUGCUUGA